ACCCUAAACUAAACAAUAGAGAGAUCCCAGCUCUGGCACCAAUAUGGCCGGCUCUAGGCUAUCUUCACUGGCCGCGAUGGCCGUCGCCGCCGCCGCCGGGGCGUCUUAUUCUUCAGUCUCCAAUAUUGCAUACGCCGACAAUCCCCUCCGUUUUCCCCCCUUCUCCACUUCCCGCUCUGCUCCAUCUCCACCUCAGACACCGGAGAGUUCUUCUUCUGAUCCCGCUUCCAAGUCCACCGCCGAUGCAGAAGACUCCAGAGGUGGUUUUGACCCUGAGUCAUUGGAGAGAGGUGCUAAAGUUCUUAGGGAAAUCAAUAGCUCUCCUUAUGCUAAACAGGUGUUUGAGGUGAUGAGGAAGCAAGAGCAGACGAGGCAAGCAGAGUUAGCGGCUGAAAAAGCUCAUUUUGAGGCCAUUCAGGCUCACGCGGAUAUUGACAAGCAACGAAAAUGGGCAGAAGAUCAGAGGAAUCUAUAUCAACAGCAAGCUCAGACAAAGGCGCAAGUAUUAAGAUAUGAAGAUGACUUGGCUAGGAAACGGAUGCAGACAGAUCAUGAAGCUCAGAGACGUCAUAAUGCUGAAUUGGUCAAAAUGCAAGAGGAAUCAUCUAUACGAAAAGAACAGGCAAGAAGAGCAACCGAAGAUCAAAUCCAAGCUCAGCAGAGACAGACUGAAAAAGAGAGAGCUGAAAUUGAAAGAGAAACGAUAAGAGUGAAAGCCAUGGCUGAGGCAGAAGCUCGAGCUCAUGAGGCAAAACUGACUGAGGAACAAAAGAGAAGGAUGCUUAUAGACAGGAUAAACGGUGAAAGAGAGAAGUGGCUUGCUGCAAUCAAUACGACUUUCAGUCAUAUCGAAGGGGGUUUUCGUGUUCUAUUGACUGAUAGGAGUAAAUUGGUAAUGACUAUUGGAGGAGCUACUGCAUUAGCUGCUGGAGUCUAUACCACUAGGGAAGGUGCAAGAGUUAUUUGGGGGUAUGUCAAUCGCAUUCUUGGGCAACCAUCACUAAUUCGAGAAUCAUCCAUCACAAAAUUCCCGUGGUCAGGGAUAGUUUCAGGUGGUGUAAAUAAGGUAUUCAAAUAUGGUACAGUUGCUGGAGAACAAAGUAAAUCACCUUUGGGAGGUAUAGUUCUGCAUCCUUCAUUGCAGAGAAGAGUAGAGCACCUUGCUCGGGCUACAGCAAACACCAAAUCUCAUGAGGCCCCUUUCCGCAACAUGCUGUUCUAUGGACCUCCUGGGACGGGUAAAACCAUGGUCGCCAGGGAGAUAGCAAGAAAAUCGGGUUUGGAUUAUGCUAUGAUGACAGGGGGAGAUGUUGCACCGCUUGGUCCACAGGCUGUUACCAAAAUCCAUGAAAUCUUUGAUUGGGCCAAAAAGUCAAAUAAGGGUUUAUUGCUUUUCAUCGAUGAAGCUGAUGCCUUCCUUUGCGAGCGCAAUAGCACUCACAUGAGUGAAGCUCAGAGGAGUGCUUUGAAUGCUUUGCUCUUUCGAACUGGGGACCAGUCAAGGGAUAUCGUUCUUGUACUUGCAACAAACAGGCCCGGAGAUCUUGACAGUGCCAUCACCGACCGCAUUGACGAAGUUAUUGAAUUCCCCCUCCCCCGGGAGGAGGAGCGCUGCAAACUGCUGAAACUUUAUUUGAACAAGUACCUUUGUGGUGAGGAUCAAAGCGAAGACGAGUCUAAGUGGGGUCAUUUGUUUAAGAAGAGAGCGCAGAAAAUAACUGUGAAAGAUGUAUCGGACGAUGUGAUCCGAGAGGCUGCUAAAAAAACUGAAGGUUUCUCUGGCCGUGAGAUUGCAAAACUCAUGGCCAGCGUUCAAGCUGCUGUGUACGGGCGGCCAGACUGUGUUUUGGAUUCCCAGCUGUUCAAGGAGAUGGUAAAUUACAAGGUUGCUGAGCAUCACCAGCGGGUUAAACUUGCAGCCGGAGACGGCGAACCUGAUAAAGUUGCAGAAUAAGAGCUAGAAUUGAUUUCUUGUAGAAUAGAGUUGCGGCGGAUGUUACUAAGAUCCCAGUGCGAGAGAACAAUUUUUCAACAUACAAAUUUUGGUUUAUCCACUAAUGAUUAAUUUACUAGUACUCCUACCAAAUAGUAGUGAGAAAUAGCAAAGUGAUCAUUGCAUUUAG